UUUGAUUCUUUUCAAAGAGGGUAUAGGUCUAAGUUUCUCAUUCUCUACAAUUCCAAUGGCUAUGUUUGUUCUCUACGAAUCAUCCUCCGGCUACGCCCUGUUCGACGUGCAUGGCCUCAAUGAGAUCGGUCAGAACGUUGAGGCUGUUCAAAGCUCAGUUUCCGACCUUGCUCGGUUCGGUCAGGUCGUCAAGCUAACUGCUUUUCACCCUUGGCAGACUGCACAAGAUGCUCUAAACCAAGUCAACGCCGUCUCUGAAGGGUUUAUGAGUGAGGAGCUUAGAAGUUUUCUUGAACUAAAUCUCCCUAAAGCGGAAGAAGGCAAAGAGACUAAGUUUAGCUUAGGAGUAUCUGACCCAAAACUCGGUUCUUGCAUAUCCGAGGCUACUAAGAUUCCUUGUCAGAGCAAUGAGUUUGUCCAAGAGCUUCUUAGAGGUGUUCGUCAGCACUUUGAUAGUUUCAUCAAUGACUUCAAGCCUGGUGGUCUUGAGAAACCUCAAGUUGGAUUAGCUCUUAGCUACAGUAGAGCAAAGGUCAAGUACAAUGUGAACAAAGAGGAUCAUAUGGUUAUUCAAACUAUUUCCUUGCUUGACACGCUUGAUAAAGAUAUCAACUCCUACGCUAUGAGAACCAGAGAAUGGUACUCACCGCACUUCCCUGAGCUUGACAAGAUAGUUAAUUAUGACAAUUACAUGUAUGCACAAGCUUCAAAGAUUAUAGAGGACAAGUCAAAGUUGUCGGAAGAGCAUGUUACAAUACUUACUGAAGUCCUUGGUGAUGAAGAUAAAGCAAGAGAGCUUGUUGAGGCUGGACAAGCAUCUAUGGGUCCUGACUUAUCACCACUAGAUUUGUUACAUGCCCAGACCUUUGCUCAGGGAGUUAUAGACCUAACUGAUUACAGAAAGAAGCUGUAUGACUACCUUGUUGUUAAAGUGAAGGACGUUGCUCCAAACUUGGCUGCAUUGAUUGGUGAGACGGUUGCAGCCAGGUUGAUUUCACACGCGGGAAGUCUUAGGAAUCUUGCAAAGCACCCAUCUUCAACUCUCCAGAUUCUUGGAGCAGAGAGGGCACUUCGCAGGGCGUUGAGAACAGGUGGAAAGACACCAAAGCACGGUCUGAUAGUUCACUCUUCAUUCAUUGGCCGAGCAUCUGCUAGAAACAAGGGACGUAUGGCUCGUUGUCUAGCUGCCAAGUGUUCUAUUGCUGCCAGGGUUGACUAUUUUGGUGAUAGUAGCAGUGCAGAUUUUGGUGAGAAACUUCGUGUAGAAGUAGAGGAAAGGCUAGACUCUUUACAUAAUGUCUAUGCAAUGGAAGAGGUUUUAGAAGAUGAAGAGAUAGUUGAUGCCUCUGGAGAGGAAAUAGACGAAGAAGAAGCAGCUGAUGAUGUUGAAUGAUAGCAUAUGCUACAUUUUCAUUAAUUUUGAUCAAGACAUACAAAAAUUAUAAUAUGGAUGUUGUUGUUGAUUGCAUCACGUUAUUUUCACCAAAAUAUAAAAGAUGAUGAAGAAUUUAGUUUUUCUAAAUUCUAGAGGCUUACAUUUCAAUUGGAAUUUAAUUAUUUUCUGAUGUUGAAGCCCAAAGACUAAUAGCAAAGUUUUUAUGUUCAUUAUUUCACUUCAGUAAAUUCAUUAACACCAUAAAAAAGAUUCAAUUAACCGAAAUUCAGAAGCUGAAAUCGAAAGAAAAAACCUAAAAUAUAAAAUGAAACGUUAAAUGGAAAUUGUUGUGUAAUUAUGACAUUCACAUUAGCUCUAAUUUUUCAGACAGUUCAAUAGAAAUAUACUUCUAUGGUUUACCUAAUCAAGAUUAGUAUUACAGUAAACAAAAAAAAGUUUUUUUUUUCAACACAAAUCUUAUUCUCAAGCAAAUCAAUCACAGGGCAGGAUCCUCAAAUAUCACAAUACUAUUAUACCUUCCUACAUAGAUAAAGAAAGAGGAUGAUUCCUUAAUCAUUAUACGUACAUGGAUGAUGGACCAGUCUUAGGAGUAACUUGUUGAAAGAAAUGUUUAUGUGACAAUCUCCCUGACGAGCCAGUCAAGACAAGGAUAAGCGAAGUAGAGGAUGAGAAACGACGGAAGAGCCAGCAAGAGAGUGACUA